GCAUGUGAUGUAUUCCGUAUAUUGACUGUAUGAACGAAACCGUUAAGACGUACGGAUAGCGAUGAGAUUUCUAGUUAUUAUAUCUUUAAUGACUGAUAAUUAUUAUAGAUAACAAAAUGUCAACGACCAAAUUGUGGUGCCUUGUUUCGCAACCGAAUUCUGUUGUUCUUGAAGUUGAAGUGGAUCUCAGAGCAAAUGGACAGGAAUGCUUGGAAAAGGUUUGUGAAAAGCUUGGUAUAGACUAUUCGGAGAAGGACUAUUUUGGCUUGCAGUACAGAGGGAAUAAAGGGGAGAACCUAUGGCUGAACAUGAGAAACAGAAUAGACCGACAAUUGUCUGGUCCCCAACCAUUCCGGUUUCAACUGAGAGUCAAGUUUUUUGUUCAGCCCCACAUGCUUUUGCAAGAAAAAACAAGACACCAGUUUUACCUCCAAAUUUGCAUGGAGCUGAAGGAAAAGAAACUGUUGGUGUCAGAUGAAGACCAUUUGGUCAGAAUCAUGGCUCUGAUGGCCCAGGCGGAGCAUGGGAACCAAGCCAACACUGAGCAACAGAUUCUGUCCUAUCAAAACCUAAUCCAGGGAAUCGUUUCAUCCUCCGAUGAUUUCCUCACCAACCUGGCAUACGAGCAUGCCAAUUACCGGGGAAUGUGCCGACUUUCAGCGGAAUACAGGGUAAUCCAAGAGGUUUCAGCCCUGCCGGGAUAUGGCAUGGAGUACCAUGAAGCCAAGAACGAAGCAAAUGAGGAUUUAGUGGUGGGGGUGGGGCCAGAGGGUGUUGUUAUUUAUGACAGCAACAUGACAGAGUUUUCAAGAUUCCCUUACCCAAUAGUUCAGAAGGCCGUCCACAAUGGCAAGAAGUGCUUGUUGUGUGUGUUCAACGAGGAUGGAGAAACAACACACGAGGAGUUCAAGAUGGUGAGCUGUAAGGCAGCAGUGGCUCUGUACCGCAGCAUCACGGAGAUGCACUCAUUCUUCAGGUGUGACACGAUCAACAGCGAGGUAUUCUCCCAGGUCAGUCAGGAUCUGAAGGGAGUUCUGGCCUCCAUCUUCCUCAAGGAGAACAACUCAGUUGGUAUGAACUACGUGUUUGAUGUGCAGCACACCUUUAGAGAGGUUUACGACAGCACAAAAAGGAAAAUAUUCAUGUCGCAGCAGAGUCUGGAUGAUCAGGGCCAAGGUCACUCCGAAUCAGAAAUGGAUACCACCUAUGAAAACCAGGAUGUCUCAAGUAGCUUUGAGAUGUACAAGAAUCAGUUGCAGAAAAUUCAGGAAGGUUUUGUUUGCCGUGUGUGCAUGGACAAAGAAAUUUCAACCACACUGUGCCCCUGUGGUCACAUGGUGUGUUGCUCGGAGUGCGCUGAUAGACUAGAUGAGUGCCCUGUGUGUCGGACAGCGAUAAACAAAAUUCAGCCUGUGUUCCUCCCCACCCCAGUAAUGGCUGCCAAUGGUUAGUUGUCCUCACAUGACCAUGGAAAACGUUUGACUGUGAUAGCCUCGUGUGUGGGGGGACGGAGGGAUAUUGCCGGAUCAAUGCAAUAAAUAUUUUUUUGUGAUUUUUACUCUGUAGAUUUUAUCGGGAAGUGUGCAUAUAGAACAUGUUCAUCAUCACAUUUCAUGUUGUUGAAAAUCAUUUUUGUUAAUAUCGAGUUCAUCAAUCUCAUUCAUUAUUUUGUUACAAACAUGUCUCCAAAAGGUGCAUAUCAUGCAUUCGGCGCAUUUUGUUCAUGAAAAGAUUUGUGACGAUAUUUUAAAGACAAAAUCUCAAAGUAUCAACCUUAUGUUCAUGUUUGACAUUGGUUUUAAUUCACUUCUAUGACUGACCAUGAUUUACAGAGUACCUGUACAGGUAGAUGAAAUUUCUCAGGUGAAAGCACUGAAUUUUGCAAAAAUGAUCAUUUGUGUUCCAAAUCAUUUGAAACAUCUUCAGAUAUUUGAAAAAAAUUCUACCUCUAAUUAUGAGUUCAAUACUUAAAAAAUAUCAAUGAAAUAGUAGUGAAUAAUUGUUUGACAUGUACAUUGUAUUACAUUGAACACAGUACAGGAGAGGAAUCUUACUUUAAAAAAUCUAACCACCCUAGUUUUAUUUUUCUAUCACUAUCAUUGAUCUGAACAGAUUUUUAGUACUGUAAUAGUGGAAAGGUUUACCUGGGGGAAACUUGCAAAUGACUUUACAUAAUAUUUAAUGCCCAUGAGUCGGACACAUUUAUAAUUAUUAUUUCGGUUUUGAAAAAUGCCAAAGCUUAACAUGCAGAUCUUUAAGUUUGUAAACUUUUCCAUGUCUACAAUAUCUUUCAUACAUGUAUUUAAAUUGCUGUUUAUAUAUAGUUUCUCUUUGGUUUUGUUUUUUCUUUGCAACCUCUACCAGCAUUUUUUUUAUCUAAGUUAUUAUUUUUCACUUUUUACAAGUUACAUGCUAAAGUCCUAAUUAAUACAGGUGGCGCUUUUGUUACCUUGAUUGAUUGACAUUUUUACUUUUUCAAAUGUCAAAGAACUUUAGUCCCAACAUGUAACAUGUAUUUAUUUCUAAUUGUUCACAGGGUAUACUGCCAUUACUGUGUGCUGUAAUAUGGUUUUUUUUGCACUGUAAAACUAUCGGGAAAAGAUAAUGUAGAUCUGAUUGCCUCAGUUGGAGUUCAGCAUCACAAUUAAUCCAGUUAAUGUUAUUUGUAUAUAGGAUGUUUUGCUGUAAACAUUUUACAUUUGGCUGUGUAUUUUAUUUAGUGUUUUUGGCUGAAAACGGCUUCCGCUCGAUCAAGUACAUUGAGUCAUACAUUGAUAAAUGCCAAGCAUAUAUUUAUAAAUAUAGGUGCAUCAAAAUACAUGUAUAUGCUAAUUUAAAUUCACAAAUACUUUUUGAAAAAUAUGUUCCGCCAAAUAUUGUACACACCAAAUUGAAUAUGUUUACAGUAUUUUCUCAGCAUUAAAUAUUUUCUAUAUAUACCAGUAAAUAGGAUAUUAAACCUUAAUACAUGUAAUUGAAAAAAAGAUAGAACUGAAAACUGCACUGCAGAAAUAACCUAGCAUGUAUGAUAUGAAAAUUGUAAUUUUUUUUUCAUUUUGAAUUCAAGAGUCAUUCAGAGUUAUGUCACCUUUUUUUUUAAGUAUGGUUGUAAAUUUCAUUGUGUGCGAGUGUAUUUGUACAGACCUUGAGUGGCAAGAAGUGAGGUACCUUAAAGUUUUGAUGUAACACAAUGGGCCACUGUAAAAAGACAUGUUUGAAUGGUUGUAAAGAAAAAAAUUUAAUAUAUAAUCUACUCAAAUAUGUAUCGUGUAAAUAUUGAGAAGAUUAUUUUUGAGGCAUUUUUAAUUACCUUGGCAAAACUGUGCAGAAAAAGAAACAGGAGUAUUUAUCAAAUUAUAUUUUUAUAGACAUAUUUUUCUGCAAUAAUUCAACAGAAAUUUACAUUCCCUUCAUAUUGCCUUCAUCAACCUUACUGACUAGGUAAGAAGAAAGCAUUUGCCAUAAUUAAGAUUUAAACUUGAUAUUUUUAUGGAAGAAAGAAUCUCUUGCUUUGCUUCAGGUCACAUGUUGCCUUUUCAAUCAUUUACCGUACUACAUUUUCUGUUGUUUGUCCAUUUUUGUCAAAGAGCUCGGGCAUGUGUUUGUUUAUUUUGGUUUAUCUACCAUGAAAGAUCAUGACAACCAAAGUCUUUGUUUACCGGUACUACCAGAGCUGAAAAAACUGCCUGAUGAUUUUAAUUAAUUUGUGUUUUUCUUGCCCUUUGUUUUGAUUUUUUUUUUCAUCAGCAUCACAAUUUUUAAUUUUAUUUGCUUUUAUUUGGAUAUCAAAGAUUGGUCAUUA